UCUGCCUGCCGCUCAGUCAGACAGCCAGCGGGCUCAGGCGCUCCGUGGCUCGGUCGGCUCGCACUAAUCUGCGGGGAAUCAGCUGCUCAGUGAUCGCUGGAAUUUCACUGAGGAGCCUUUUUUAACCGAAGCUCCUGUGGGAAAAAUUUACUACAAGGCCACAGGAAAUCGUGAUGUUUAAUGGAUACCCCCUUCGGAGGUUGCUGGAGUCCUCGCAAUCAUAGACCCGGCAUCAAACGAGCGGUUUUCAUCAUGGAAACAAGCUACCUUCAGCCUGUGCUCUUUGAGGCCUCCUGUGGAGGGUGUAAUAACUGAGGGAGGGGUAGUGAGUCUGAGAAAAGCUUCCACCUGCAGAUGAAAAUCAUUCAAACCAUGUAGUGUUUCUUUCUCCAAAGAGGGGGGAGGGUAUAAGCUGGAUUGUGAUUGCUUUUUUACUCUUUUCUGUUCAUGUAAUCGCUGGGACAUAUUUGUGCUCGAUUGAGUGUAUGUGGGUGUGGGUAGAGAGCGUGAGGUGAGGAGAAAGUGAAAGAGAGGAAAAAAGAGAGAACAAACAAAGAAAUAAGGGAAGAGAUGGUCCUCCACACCACCCCUUACUCCAGUGCCUGUCUGCACUUCCUGGAUGGACUGUCGUGGAGCCUGGUGUUUCCCUGUUAUUGGCUCCUGGACCGGCUCCUGGCGUCCUGCGUGGCCACCUCCCUGGAGAAGCGCCAACGCUCCCAAGACCCCUGCUCCUUCCUCACCCUGUGUGUCCUGAUUGCUGCCCCCCUUUAUCUGCUGCUCCUCCUUGUGUCCCUGCCCUUUGCCCUGCUGGGCUUCAUCAUUUGGGCUCCCCUGCAGGCAGUUCGCCAGCCAUACCUGUACACAUUUCGAAGACCAGACAAGAACCAGGCAGAGCAAGGUCAGGCUGGACCAAGUGCCACUGGGACUGGAGAAUGGAGGCUACAAGGCAGAAGCUUCUGUUUCUGCAGUGCCAAUGUUUGUCUCCUUCCGGACUCCCUGGCCAGGUUCAACAACUUAUCAGACACCCAGAGGAGAGCUCGCGAGGUGGGCAAGAGAAUCCGUAAUGGUGCAAGUCGGCCCCAGAUUAAAAUCUACAUCGACUCGCCAACCAACACUUCUAUCAGUGCAGCAUCCUUCAGCAGUCUUGCCACAGGUUUCCGCCGCACCUCCUCUCUGGACCAGCGUCCAGAACAAGUCCACACCACCAACGGCCCAGCCGAAACUGAAAUAGACCCUGUCACAGAGUGCCCUGUUCAUCCUUCAGAUGCCACCGACUGCCCUGUUCACCCAUCUACCGGAGACCAGAGUUUUACCAAUUGUCCUGUUCACCAUGAUGGAUCAGACACCACAGCAGAUUGCCCCCUCCAUCUGGUUGGGACUAACAACAGUUCAGACUGUCCCGUUCACCCCUCAGGUGAGCCCGCAGACUGUCCAAUGCAUUCAACAGGUCAGAACGACUCUGGUCAUCGUGACUGCCCCAUACAUGAGGAGGUUGCACAGAAAAAACCCUCCACAGAGUGUCCGCUUCACACCUCAGGGGUUCAGAUCAGCAUCAGUGCCCCAGAAACGGACCCCCAGGAGGAGGAAGCUGAGACUGGAAAUCAUCGAGAGCUGGGAGGAGGAGACACAGGCAGCAUCACUGCCUCCCGGGAGUCUCUCACUCGUUACCAUGGAGGCGACUCUGCAGUAGGGAUAUCCUCCAACAACACUCUCUCUCAUGUCCCACGCACAUCAAUCUUCAAACGCCCAGGACGGAAGCGCCGCCAUGGAGAUGAAACAUUUGACCAUGAGAUCUCUGCCUUUUUCCCUGCCAACCUGGACUUUCUGGCUCUACAGGAAGUAUUCGACCAUGGAGCAACAACAAGACUGCGGCGGCAGCUACACCGCUACUUCCCCUACGUGCUGAGUGACGUUGGGAGAUACGGCUGGAAAGGCUGCUGCUCCAGGUUCAAAUUUUUGAACAGUGGCCUGAUGCUGGCCAGCCGCUACCCUAUCCUGGAUGCUCGGUACGAGUGCUACCCCAACGGGAGAGGAGAGGACGCACUGGCAGCCAAAGGGGCGCUGUUUGCUAAGGUUCAUGUGGGUACCUCCCAUCAGGAGCAGAGAGUGGUGGGAUACCUCACGUGUACGCAUCUCCACGCCAUAGAAGGCGAUUCGUCGGUCCGCUGCAAGCAGCUGGACCUCCUCCUACAGUGGGAGGCAGAGUUUCGCCAAUCCUCAUCUCAGUCCCCUAAAGGAGAGAAGGUGCUGGAGGACCUGGUGGCCUUUGAUGUCAUCUUGGGAGACCUCAACUUUGAUAACUGCUCUUCAGAAGACAAACUGGAACAGCAGCACAGACUUUUUACUCAGUACAAGGACCCAUGCCGCCUGGGGCCAGGGGAGGACAAACCGUGGGCUCUGGGCACUCUGCUGGAUCCCAGUGGCCUUUAUGACGAUGAUGUCAGUUCACCCGAAAGUUUACAAAAAGUGAUGGAGAACGAAGAGGGGAGGAAGGAGUACCUGGUGUUUCCUCCUAGUAAGAACCAGUGUCCUGCCAGCAGUCAGAAGGGCCGGAAAAUCCCACUGAAGGGGAAUGGACGCCGGAUCGACUACAUACUCUACAGCGACGAGGGCAUUCAGCAAGACUGGAAACUGGACAUCGAAGAGUUCAGCUUUGUCACACAGCUGGCUGGACUCACCGACCACCUUUCUGUGGCCAUGAGACUGGCUGUUUCCACUGGGGAAGAGGAGCCUUAGAUCCACCACCUGACAUUUAAACGUUGUUUUAAAUUUUCCUACCAUGGAGGAACGAUUAGAAAGAAACCAGGAAGUUCAGAGUUUACAGAUACAGUGCAGCAUGAGGGAAGAUUGAAGGGACAGGGAGUGGAUGAGUAAAUCAAUGGAAGAGCACUCGGGGCAUUAAAGAAGAAAGAUGAGAGAGAAAAGAGAAAAACGCUGACAGGGAGAGAGAAGCUGGGGGAAUUCAGAAUAGGAAGUCAGAACAUUUUUUCUUCCUGGGUAAAUCACCCACAAAUUCACAAUGAACACUGCGACUUUCAGACUGUUGGUUUUUCCUCUAAUCCUUCCAGCUGGAGGGUUUUGUUUCGAGUGAAGUGUCUGAUGUAGCCAAUGUGCACACACUCAUUUUAUCGGAUCUGUUUUGGACGUAGUUUUAAGUAUGAUCCUUUAUUUUUAUGACUCUACCUUCAGGGACAGCUGGAUGCUCAUCGUUCAGUGUAUGAAAGAAGAACAUAAAACCGAAGUGAAGCUGCUGACCGGCCUUUACAGUGACCAUCUGUGACCUUGUGUUGUGCUCCUUAUCGGUCGGUUUCGCUGUCAGUCGUUCACCUUGGUGACCCCCUCACGUCAUUCCCAAAACCUCAACAAGUGUCUUUUUUUCUUACAAACAAAUCUUACUAAAAUGAGAAAGAAAUAAGAGUUUCUAUUAUACACUCCACUUUUUAUAAAACAUAGAAUGCCUGUUUAAUAUGACAUUAUAUCUUUCUAAAGGAAGGUAUUGGUGGGAUGCAAUGUGAUGCUAUUAGCAUGUUUUUCAGAUAUUAUCGGUAUGAAUUUGAAGAACAUUUUUAGAUGAAGCUCCAUUGAUGCAUGAAGGUAAAAGGUUUACUGCACUGUUAUAGCAGCUUGAUACACACUGACUUGAGAUUGGAUGCCUCAAGGAGCAUUGUGCCCUGAAACACUCACUCUGGUAUAUUGUUGUGCAUGUGCAAAACACAGAAAGAUGUGCACGGAAACAGGAGGAUUUAGAUAACAAAAGCACACAACUACAUUUUGUGCAGAGGGUAGACAACCCUAAUUGUAAUCAUCUUCAUGUGACUGUCCCAAAUACAUAAUAUCAGCAUGUUUAGUUGUAAACCUGUGGAGCUAUAGUGUUGUGGAAAGUAUUAACCUCCCCAGACAGAUUCCUUUGUUUUUGCUUAUUUGUCACAUAAAGGUUUCAGUUUAUCAUCUAAAUUUAAAUAUAGAACAAAGAUAACCCUUGUAAACACAAAAAGCAGUUUUCAAAUAAUGAUUUUAUUUAUGAAGGAAGAAAGUUAUUCAAAACAUCCUGUAUGUGGAAAACAAACUGGCCCCUAAACCUAAUAACUGGUCCUGCCACCCUUGGUGGCAGCAACUGCUUUCCAAUGUUGUUAACUGGCAACAAGUCUUUUAUAUUAAUGUAGAGAAGUUCUGGUCCGCAAUGAUUUGCAGAACUGUUUUAAUUCAGCCACAAUGGAAGGCUUACAAGCAUGAAUGGCCUGUUUGAGAUCAUCCCACAAUAUUGCAAUCAGAUUUAAGUCCAGAUUUUGACUAGGCCACUCCAAAACCAUCAUUUUGGACCACUCAGAGGUCGACUUGCUGGUGAGCUUUGGACCACUGUCCUGCUGCAUAGCCCAAGUGUUUGAGCUUAAAGUCACAAAAUGAAGGCCAAGCAUUUUUGUUCAGGAUUUUAUAGUAGAUAGCAGAGCUCGUUCUCACCAAUUACAAGACGUCAUCCAGAUCUGAAGCAGGAAAAAAGCCCAAAACAGUCACAUGACCAUAUUUCUCAAAUGCUGCGGUAGUUUUAUGCUGCAGGUUUUAUGUAUCAGGACUUGCACCUCCUAAAAAUUUCGACUUUUUUCUCGUCAGUCCACUGGAUAUUUUACCAAAACAAUGUGAGGAAAUGUGAGUUAGGCCUUUGUGUUCUUUUGAUUACCAGUGGCGUUCACCUUGAAACUCUCCCAUGGAGGUCAUUAUUGCUGAAUCAUGAACACCAACCUUAACUGAGGAAAAUCACACCUGCAGUGUUUUUGUGGCCUCCUGGAUGAGUCUUUGGUGUGCUCUUGGAGUGAUAUAAGCUACAUUUGUGGAUAAUGGCUUUUAAUGUGGUUCAUUGGAGUCCGAAAGCCCUAGAAAUGGCUUUGAAACACUUUCCAGACUUAGACUGUUUGUCUGUUCUGGAUUUCUUGAUUUUACGUUUUUCAGAAAUCAUUUAGUUUGCUUCAUGUUGUCAGACGGGUUCUAUUUAAUCGGUUUCUCAAUUCUAAAGGUCUGGUAGAAAUCAGGAACGGGUGAAAAAAACUUAGCUCUCCAAAAAUGUGGUAAAUCACAGUGAAUUUUUAAUUUAACAAGUUGGCCAAUUAUAUUUCUCUAUAGGGCUGUUUGUUUAGAUACCUUUUAUCCUUUCAUAAAUUAAACCAUCACUUGAAAACUGCUUUUUGGAUGAACUCGGGUUGUUAUUGUCUGGUACUAACAUUUGUUUAAUGACAAAGUGUGCCAAAUAAAGCAAAAAAUAAAGAAAACCUGUAAGAGGGCAAACACUUUUUGCAGCAACAUCAAUGUUUUGAUAAUUUAUUAAAAACUUGUCUUGUUGGCACUCUGUAUGGGCAGGAAUAGCAUGCAGUAAUUGGUUUAAAUCAAACUACUAUUGUGAGACAAAUUCAAAACUCAAUAUUAAAUGCAAUGCAUAUGCUUAGUUUGGGUUAAAAUACUCACACCAUCUACUGAGAAAUAUACAAUAAACCCCAGUACUUAACUACAAAAUUAGAAGUUUAACUACAGUAAUUAAGCACUGACUGAUUUUCUUGUAAUCUUUGUUACUAUGAGAAGGUGGUUUAAAGUUUAUGUUUAGUUUUAAGGUGGAAAGAAAGUACAACCAGUAUUUUAAAUUGGUUGAAUAAUUUGCUCCUCAAUCCACCAUUUGGGGUUAGGCUUAUCUACAGCUCACAUUGUCAGUUUACUAUAACUGUUAUCGAUUUUAAAUCCUUGAUGUCUGCUUAAAGCCACCUUUAAAGAAAAAGGGAGAAAAUCCUUCAGCUUAAGGUGUGAACAAAAAAUAAAAUAAUUCCUGUGGAUCAUUAACUUGUUUCAAGUUAAAACAUGAACAAAUGUCCCCUAACUGAAGUUAGCAGAGCAGCAGGUUUUAUUCCUGAGUAAAGCCCUUUCUUCUCUCAUUUUCUUAGGCUUUACAAGAGAGAAAACAGGAAUUCUGCUUUAUUAAAUUCUUGUUUCACAAGUUUCUCACAGUCACACCUCUCUAUGAAAUUUAUAGUGACUCUAUUUACGUUAUAAAGUGUAAUCGCUGGGUAGAAUCAUUGGGUAUAAUAAGGUUAAUAGAAGCCUUUCUGUCCCAUAUUAAGUGUCUCAAGAAGACAUGGAUCAACACUUCUGCAACAGAAGUUUUUUUUGGCACAAGUCAGGUUAAAUUAGAAGGUUGCAGGAAAUCUCUUCUGGGGGAAAAAUGUUCCAGGUCUCAUUGUCAAAACAUAUCUUUUGACUGCUUUCUCAGAGUAGAUCUCCUGACCAUUUUCAGUGGAAGGUUUGGUUGGUAAUUUGCCUAACUCUGACCUAUUUAGACAUGAUAAGGCCUCUAAACCUCUAAAGGGAUGAGCCAGUGUUUUGUUGACACAUAGCAGAAAACUUAGAAAAUACAUUUUAAUUGAUAUCUUUAGGCUUUUUGCUAACAGCUGCCUGCCACAAGCCCGGUUCAGACCUGGUAUUAACAUGGCGGAUUCAGAGACAAGUAGACAAGCCUCUUAGCUGAUCGUUCAGGCCAGAUUUUAAUGACAGGUCUGACUGGUUGAGGGUAAGUUAGUAAAUAUGUAUUGUGAGCAGUCCCCAUUACUUGUUUUGCAUAAUGAGCAAUGUUUACAGCCAUUUUUAACCAACUAUCUAUUUCUGAGACCCUUCAAGGGAGUCCCCAGACAUUUUUAUGACGAAUACUCUUAUUUUGCUGCUUAUUUUUUUGUUUUCUAUUUUAUAAUUGUGUGAUUAAUGUGCAAAAUAAAUUGUAAAAGAAAGCACGCCUUCUUUCAGGUCUAGGGUUUUAAACAUCAGGACAUAGUAAAAAUGAUGGUGGUCCUACUGCAUACGUUACCGGGUUCUAAAAUUAUUUAAAUAUUAUACUUUAGUAUACUGAAUUGUUCAUGUCAACACACUAAUUCAGAGAUUUCCAGGUCGUGUGGCUUCAAAACAAGCCCAUAUCAUCAUCCCUCCACAACCGUGCUAGACAGUUUGCAUAAGGCAUUUGUUUUGGUGUGCUGGGUUUUGUUUUCUCCUGACAUGGCACUGUGCAUUAUGGCCAGAAAUGUCUACUUUUACCUGAACUGUCCAAAGUUCUGAGAGUUUUUUGGUCUACUCAGAUGUAACUUUGCAAAUCUUAGUUGUGCUGCCAUGUUUCUUAUUGAAAGAGGAAGCUUUCCAAACAAGCCACCGUUUUUUCUGAUUGUCCUGCUAUUACUUUUUAACAUUUAACAUGCUAGCCGAGGCCUGUAGUAUCUGAGGUUUUGCUACACAGCAACAGUGGUUUGCUCCAAGGUCAUUGCUCAUGUCUUUCCAACUUCGCAAUAUAUGUGCCCUACAGCAACUAACUGCCAACACUCCUGCUUUUAUAGAAGUGGUGAAUUAUUUCAGUACAUUUGCUUAGGAGCACAUGGCUGCUAGUUUUAUUUCUUAAAUGCAGUAUGUACUUCUUCAGUCAGAGUUCUUUUUCAUUUUGAAUUCUUCUUUGUUUAUUAACUAAUGACUGUUUGGAAUUUGUACAGCUUAUGUUAGAAUAAAACAAUAGGCCGUGUAAAGGCCAACUCAUAUUUAUUAUUUCUUCAUAUGGAAAACCCAAGAAUUAGGAAGAGUGUGUACUUUCAUGUCAAUCAAGACAAGGUGAAUUAAAAACUCCUGGCUCCUCUGCUGGCUUGAUGCUGGCUGGCCUAAUUUAGGACUUUUAAUUCGUAUUCAUUAUUUUUACUAUUUUUGUUUAUACAAAAACAAUAUAAUACUGAUGAAGUCAAAUAAUAGUAACACAAAGUAACUACUUUAAUAAAAGGUAAAAUAUCAUAGUUUUAGUAUCAAUCUUGUUACCUAUUGUUUUUCAGAUUGUUUCCAUGUAGAUUUACAGUAUUAAUUAACAGAAGCAGUGCAGUGAGACCGUGAUAUGUAGCAACCCAAGCGGCAAAUUAUAUGUGGAAAGAAGAGGACCAAAUAUUACAUUUGUUGGUAGAGAACAAUAAAAACAAAGUGAUAUUUUAUGGGAUGAGUUUGAUUUCCAGCAUUUUGGCAAAUUAAAUACUAUAUAAACAUAGUUGCUGACUAUAUUUUUGUUGAAAUUGUGCAUUUUGUUUUUCACUUCCUGGCAACUGAGCUACAUUUAUUUAAAGUGGGAAAAAGUUGCUUGAAAAUAAGUAGUUAACAGCAAUAAGGCAGAAGAAGUGAAAACAUUAGUUGUGGCCCUUAAAGAACAAUACAAAAUACAGAACACCAGGAGGAUCUGUGGAGCUGAAAGAACAUGCUUGGACACCGAUUUGGAUCUUAUUUCACUAGCAGGGACUCAUCAGUUAUGUUUCAUGUCUCAUCAAGUUUAUGUAACAUUAUAUUUGGAGAUCUACAGACAUUUUGUUUCACAAUUAAAAAAUUCACCAAAUUUCAAAGACAGAUUUAAGUCAUGAUAUAUUCAUUUCUAAAUUGAAUUUGGGAUUUUCUCAUGCUCAGAAAAAUAAAAAAAAGUAUACAAGUUAUCACAUAUGAAUAAUCAAUAGUGAAGAAAAACAUCAGUAUUUAAAAAGUCUUAAAUUGACUGCAGACAACACCUGUUGCAAAAGCCUCAAACUUGUGGGGUAUUAGAAAUGUUUUAUGUUCAGUGUUCAGUUUUGUUGCCAAACAUUUUUAGACACAAUUAUUUUUCUUAUUUUCUUUUCUGUUUCUUUAAGUGUUAUUAUUAACUAUUGAUCUUGUGAUUUAUUGUAGGAUUGUUCACCUAUUUUCUUAGAUUGAAUUCAAACUGAUUGAACUUGCACAACAAUGAAAAUAACCCCCAGCCAAAAACAAUGUCCUAAUUAUUUAACUGCAUGAUCAUGAAUUAUAUUUAAGGAACUACAGCUGAUAUAUUAUAAGAAAUAUAUUUUUAAAUAAUUCUAAAGAAAUGUAAUCUUAGGUUAGAUUUUAUGAUAUGGAGAUUAAACAGAUGAAGAAUUAUGUCAUCUGCAUACAUGGAUAUCAGAGCAUAAGAAGUAGGAAAGAAAAACAUGGUUUGUCACAAAUAACUGGUGGCUAUGGGUCAGGGCUGGAUUUGUGAGCUGCCAGAUGUACAAUAAUUGUCAUUUGAAGGAUAACUAAGUUUUUUAUUAAUUCUACAGGUCCAUUUUAAUGUAAAAACAUGUACAAAAGUUUUGAAUUUUUUUUAUGACUGUCUUGUACCUGGUGUGUUAUCAAAUUCAAAAUUUAAACAUGCCAUUUAUGAUCAAUUUACACCACUGCAGAAAGGGUGCUGUCUCAAUCAGAUGAGUCCAAGUCUUGGCAGUUAGGAUUUUGGAUGUAUUGCACUUUCCCUUCUUUUUUGGUUGUGGAAUCCAACCUCACUGAUUUACAUCUAGUAUAUAUCAUGUUUCCUAUUGGUACCGUUGCUCAGGAUAAUCAAGCAACUGGAAUUAGCCAUCCAUAAUCCCUGAAUAAUUCCUGAAAAGCCACACUAUGGCAGGAAUAUCCAACAGCCCAAUGUGUUCUGGGGCAAGAAGGUGAUUUAAGGUAUAGUUUAGAUAGAUUUAGAUGUAUGUUCAACAUUGGCACUUAUACAGUGGUUUAUUAAAGUUUAAUUUCCACAAACAUGAACAUCUGGUUCUCACAGCAUGCCUGAGAAAACUGGGGUUUUUAUUCAAAUGUGCCCUUUUUCAUGUCAAAGUAGGAUAAAAUCGUUAGAGGAGUUCAGCUCUAAGCUUGCAUAGCUGCAUGUACUGUAAUAAUGCUUCUGGCUUGUAGUCUCAGUAGAAUUGAUGCCUCACUUUGCUCUCCUUUUCUGGUUUGGCUUUUCUAUAAUUUCAUGUUUUUUAUAAAUUUUUGUCCUUGGUGGGAACUGUCUAUCUAUGGGAUUGUCUAACUUGGUCUCUGUAAAAAGGCUGUGGGAUCAGUUGGUUUUCUCUUUCUAAACUUCAUCAACAAACUGCUUAUUUUCUUCUGCUUUUCUAAGAUAAAAAACGAAAUAACUUUCCCUUUA